UCACGGAGAAUAUGACGACCACGAUAGCCAUGCUCAUAUUUAUAGCCAUGAAGGUCAUAGUCACCAUCGUAAUAAACGUAGCGAAAAUCAUCACGAUCAAUAUGGCAACUACGAACUGAUCAGAAGUAGCGGAGGUGGGGAACCUCAUGGUCGUCAUGACAGCCACCACGACAGUCAUGGAAGUAGCGGAAGUGAGGAACAUCAUGGUCGUCAUAACAGCCACGACAGUCAUGGAAGUAGCGGAAGUGAGGAACAUCAUGGUCGUGAUGGCAGCCACCAGGACGGUCACGGAAGUAGCGGAAGUGAGGAACAUCAUGGUGAUCAUGGAAGCCACCACGACAGUCAUGGAAGUAGCGGAAGUGAGGAACAUCAUGGUCGUCAUGGCAGGCACCACGACAGUCAUGGAAGUAGCGGAAGUGAGGAACAUCAUGGUCGUCAUGGCAGCUACCACGACAGUCAUGGAAGUAGCGGAAGUGAGGAACAUCAUGGUCGUCAUGGCAGCCACCACGACAGUCAUGGAAGUAGCGGAAGUGAGGAACAUCAUGGUCGUCAUGGCAGGCAACACGACCGUCUUGGAAGUAGCGGAAGUGAGGAACAUCAUGGUCUUCAUGGCAGGCACCACGACAGUCAUGGAAGUAGCGGAAGUGAGGAACAUCAUGGUCGUCAUGGCAGACACCAAGACAGUCAUGAAAGUAGCGGAAGUGAGGAACAUCAUGGUCGUUAUGGCAGACACCACGACAGUCAUGGAAGUAGCGGAAGUGAGGAACAUCAUUGUCGUCAUAGCAGCCACCAUGACAGUCAUGGAAGUAGCGGAAGUGAGGAACAUCAUGGUCGUCAUGGCAGGCAACACGACCGUCGUGGAAGUAGCGGAAGUGAGGAACAUCAUGGUCGUGAUGGCAGCCACCACGACAGUCAUGGAAGUAGCGGAAGUGAGGAACAUCAUGGUUGUCAUAACAGCCACGACAGUCAUGGAAGUAGCGGAAGUGAGGAACAUCAUGGUCAUCAUGCCAGGCACCACGACAGUCAUGGAAGUAGCGGAAGUGGGGAACAUCAUGGUCGUCAUGGCAGGCACCACGACAGUCAUGGAAGUAGCGGAAGUGAGGAACAUCAUGGUCGUCAUGGCAGGCACCACGACAGUCAUGGAAGUAGCGGAAGCGAGGAACAUCAUGGUCGUGAUGGCAGACACCACGAUAGUCAUGGAAGUAGCGGAAGCGAGGAACAUCAUGGUCGUCAUGGCAGCCACCACGAUAGUCAUGGAAGUAGCGGAAGUGAGGAACAUCAUGGUCGUCAUGGCAGCCACCAUGACAGUCAUGGAAGUAGUGGAAGUGAGGAACAUCAUGGUCGUCAUGGCAGCCACCACGACAGUCAUGGAAGUAGCGGAAGUGAGGAACAUCAUGGUCGUCAUGGCAGCCACCACGACAGUCAUGGAAGUAGUGGAAGUGAGAAACAUCAUCGUCGUCAUGGCAGGCACCACGAUAGUCAUGGAAGAAGAGGAAGCGAGGAACAUCAUGGUCGUCAAGGCAACCACCACGACAGUCAUGGAAGUAGCGGAAGUGAGGAACAUCAUGGUCGUCAUGGCAGACACCACGACAGUCAUGGAAGUAGCGGAAGCGAGGAACAUCAUGGUCGUCAUGGCAGCCACCACGAUAGUCAUGGAAGUAGCGGAAGUGAGGAACAUCAUGGUCGUGAUGGCAGCCACCAUGACAGUCAUGGAAGUAGUGGAAGUGGGGAACAUCAUGGUCGUGAUGGCAGCCACCACGACAGUCAUGGAAGUAGCGGAAGUGAGGAAAAUCAUGGUCGUCAUGGCAGCCAUCAUCACAGUCAUGGAAGUAGCGGAAGUGAGGAACAUCAUGGUCAUCAUGGCAGCCACGAAAGAAAUGAAAGUAGCGGAAGCAAAGAACAUCAUGUCUUUGAUAAUUAUACCAGCUCCGACCUUCAUCAUCGCCAUCAUCCAGACCAUGACACAUACGUGUAUGGUCGCUGUCACAUGCACUUGAACCCGGGUCAAAUUGGCGGCUCACCGCACAAUAUCCUUGGCUGGAUCGCCUUCAGACAGCAGAUUCACAAGCCUCUGGAGAUGAGAAUUUAUCUCAAAGGAUUCCACGUCCCAGCUGAAAGCAUUGACAACCCUAGCAUGCGCAAACAUGGAUUCCACGUUCAUGAAUAUGGUGACUUUAAACGAGGAUGUAACUCAU